AUGGCGAAAGAAUUAUGCGGCGAAUGCAAAAUCGAGAUUAAUGAUCUUGAACCGAUCCGUUGUGGCUUUUGCGAAUCAGGCUUCUACAUAAACCAACAAUGCUGUGGAUUCAACAGCCGGGUUUGCAAAGAACUGUUUGCGCAGGGCAAGAUACUCUUUAUUUGUCCCAACUGCCGUGAUAUACUGAACGGCCGAUCGAUUGCUUCGUAUGUAAAGGAAUUGCAAGAGAAUGAAUCUUCUCUUCCGCCACUGCCUGUUAAUUUGCCGGCUCAAGUACAAAAACUGACCGAGAUAGUUGAGGGAUUGAGUAGAAAGUUUGACGGCAUAGCGAACAAGCCAACGAAUGUUAAAUGCGUGGCCGGUACCCCUACAAAUUUAUCGACUACACCAGUGUGGCCUCAUUCCGAUCGUGAUACCACAAAUAUUUGGAUAUACCAUCAGAUUGUGCGCGGAUUAAGAACCAAGAUCGAUGAUGUUUUUUUGGCGACCAACGACUGCAACUUCGAUGUCAUCAUAUUCACUGAAACUGGGCUCGACGAUAGUAUUCUAUCUCUUCAAUUAUUCGGCAAUGCUUUCAACGUUUUUCGAUGUGAUCGCAGUCCACUAAACAGCAACAAACGUUCAUUCGGUGGUGUUCUGAUUGGCGUCGCACGGCAACACCCGAGUGCGAUCUUUGAGACUGCACAAGGCAGCUGUCUGGAACAGAUAUGUGUGAGGGCGACAAUCAAUGGAAUGAAGCUACUUUUGUGUGCCAUAUAUAUUGCCCCAGACAAACGAAGUGACUUAUCUAUCAUUGAUUCGCACGUCGCUUCCGUCCGAGAUUUCUAUGAGAGCAGCGCUGCGGAUAGUACUGUAUUAGUUUGCGAUGAUUAUAACCAACCCCGCAUAGCUUGGAACUAUUGUGAUGGCAUUAUAACACAUAACGGGACUACGCAUCUCACAACUGCUUGUGCUGCACUGGUUGGUAUGGAUUUUUUAAAUUUGAACCAAGCAAACUUACAUCGUAAUCAUCUCGGACGCGUGCUUGAUUUGGUAUUUCAUUCUGCUGAGUGUGAAGUUAAGAUAGAUUUGUGUGAAGCUCCUUUGCUGCUGGUUGACUUGCACCAUCCCCCGCUAGCGAUUUCGAUUCCUGCCAAUAUAAACCAAUGCGCUGUUCGUUCCGAAGCCACAUCGGCGAUGCGUGAGCUGAAUUAUCGCAGAAUUGAUUAUGCCGCUUUUUCCGAGUAUAUUUCGUGCGUUGAUUGGCAUGUUCUACUGGACAGUAAUGAUGUAAAUGCGAUGGCAGAAAACUUUUGUACAAUAAUCCGUUCAUGGCUCAACGAAAAUUUGCCUUUUGCUAGACAGCCAUUCUCCCCGGCGUGGAGUAACCGUCGUCUGAGGGAAUUGAAACGGAAACGAAACACAUGUUUGCGCAACCUUCGCCGGUUGAGAUCAACUGAAACCAAGUUUAAUUUCAAGCGUUCAAGCGAUGACUACCGUAGGUUAAAUGCUAGUCUGUAUAAUUCGUAUGUGCUGAGAGUUCAAACUGAUCUGCGCCGGAAUCCAAAAAAGUUUUGGACUUUUGUAAACACAAAACGUAAAUGCCGCUCGACUAUUACGGAUGUGUACUACGAUGAAGUGGAAUCCUGCUCAGCGUCUAGUUCAUGCGAGCUAUUUGCUAAAUUUUUCUCCACGGUAUUUGCUUCUGAAGUUUCUCCUGAAGAGGAUGUUAUGCGUGCCGCAGAAAGCGUUCCUGCCGAUUUAAUCGAUCUCGAUAUUUUUGAAAUUACUAACGAUAUGAUAAUAACUGCUGCGAAAAAGUCUUAG